AUGCCUGUUCCAUCGCUAACAGACCAUGCUUCGUGCUGUUCAGCUCUUGAGCGGACUUUCUUAGCAUACCUCCGCACUGGAGUAGUCACCGCCAUCCUUGGAACCAUUGUCGCCCAGCUCUUCGCCUUGCAACAAUCGGAUUCAGGGUUCGGCUACACCAUGGUCGGCAAGCCAUUAGCCUCCGUAUGCUAUGGGCUCUCUAUGUGUACGACACUCCUCGGAGCUUGUCGCGUUUGGAGGCUUCAGCAUGCGAUGCUCCGGGGAAAGGCAAUUGCUGGCGGAUUUGAAGUCAUGUCGCUUGCCUUGGGGUUUCUAGCGCUCACUGUUCUAUUCUUCGGUCUCUUAGUUGCACUCGACGUCGUCAAAGAAUCAUCCAGCGACUAA